AUGGCAGCCGUCACACUCCCAUCCAAAACAGAUCUCGCCCAAUUUUGGGUCGGCAAAGACAUGACCGAUGUGCCCAAACCCGCCGCAGUGCUCGACCGAGCCAUCGUCCGCCGGCAUUGUCAACGAAUGCAGAACACUGUAAAGGCCCUCAGCGUGGGGUUUCGAGCCCAUGUAAAGACACACAAGACGGUCGAACUCGCCGCAAUGCAAAUCGAUGACACCGCACCCACAGCAAAUUUCAUCGCCUCAACACUCCUUGAAAUCGAAACACUCACCAGCCUCCUCAAAUCUCUUCAAUCCAAGGGCCACCGUAUCAACGUUCUCUAUGGCAUCCCUCUCGUCCCAUCAACAGUUCCCCACCUCGCCCACCUAGCAAAAGACCUAGGUCCAGAUAGUAUCUCAGUCAUGAUCGACCACCCAGAUCAAGUCCCCUUCUUGACUAACUUUGCUUCUGUCGCGGGCUUUCCAGCCUGUGUCUUUGUCAAAGUAGACACAGGCUACCACCGCGCCGGCCUCCCACCCGUAUCUUUGAACAAGAACGGACUUUUGGAGAAAUUGGCCUCGGCCGAACAAUCCGGAUCUGCACAUCUCAUAGGCCUCUAUUCACAUAGUAGUCUCAGCUACAGCGCCACGACAGCCGAGCAAGCUAUGGGACAUUUAAUCUCCGAGAUCCAGGGAUGCAAAGAUGCGCUGAACCGGUGGCUUCCUCUGCUCCCAAAACGAGAAUUGGUUAUUAGCGUUGGUGCCACGCCGCAGGUUGCAAGCUCGAAUAAUCUUGUUCUGGGAGCGAUAUCGCCCAAAGCGGAGGAGUUGAUGGCGUUGCUGAGGGAUCCGUGUGCUGGGGCCCAGGUGAAGAUUGAAUUACACGCGGGCAAUUAUCCGGUUCUGGAUAUGCAGCAGGUUUCUACAAAUGCGCGGAUUGGAGCGGGGAGGUUAGAGGAAGAAAUUGCGCUUUGCGUGGUUGCUGAGGUUUGCAGUGUUUAUAAUGAUGGGGAAAGAGAGAGGGCUGAGGCGUUGCUUGCGGCAGGGACUUUGGCGUUGGGGAGAGAGCCGUGUCCUAGUUAUUCAGGAUGGGGAGUUCUUUCAGACUGGGGGUUGAAGAGUCAGGAUAGGCUGAUUGUUGAGAGGAUCAGUCAGGAACAUGCGAUUGUUGCGUGGGACGGUGGGAAGGAGGGGAAUAUUCCCUUGGAGGUUGGACAAAUUGUCAAGGUGUUUCCGAAUCAUGCAUGUGUGACAGGCGCGUACUAUGGUUGGUACUUUAUUGUUGACUCGGAUAAGGAUCCGUCGGCGUCGAAGAUCGUGGACGUGUGGAUUCGGGGACGAGGAGAAAAUACGGAUCCGAUGACGGCAACGAGGUUUCAGUAA